AUGGGUUGUAUUUGCGCCACCGCGCGUUCUCCAAACGCCGCCGUUGCCAACACUGACCUAUUGGAUUCAAGCAAAUCCAUCCUUCAACUUCUCCCUCCUCCUUCGUCCUCUUCAUCUAUAAAGGAAGGAUCUUUCACACGUCCGAACUCUUCAGCUUCCAUCACCGUCGUGGCUAAUGUUUAUCCAGAGGCGCGCCGUCCCUCCACGUCAUCUGAUCGAAACAGCAAUAACCCAGUAGUUAUUGUCGGAGCUCCGACCAGAAGAGUUACGGCUAUGCCGGUGGGGCAGCCUAAGCAGAAGUCAGAGUGUUUGACGGGGAAUAAAACAGAAUCCACUAGCGGAGAAUGGCCAUCUUGGUUGGCUUCUGUUGCCGGAGAAGCCAUCAAGGGAUGGGUUCCUCGCUCCGCAGAUUCCUAUGAGAAGUUAGACAAAAUUGGACAGGGGACAUACAGCAGCGUGUACAAAGCCAGAGACUUGGAAACAGGAAAGAUCGUUGCGAUGAAGAAAGUUCGGUUUGUGAACAUGGAUCCAGAGAGUGUCCGGUUCAUGGCCAGGGAGAUUCUCAUUCUUCGUAAGCUUGACCACCCUAAUGUCAUGAAGCUUGAAGGUCUAGUCACCUCUAGACUCUCAGGUAGUCUCUACCUUGUCUUUGAGUACAUGGAACAUGAUCUCGCAGGUCUAGCUGCAACUCCUGGAAUCAAAUUCUCCGAAACUCAGAUAAAAUGCUAUAUGCAACAGCUGUUUCGUGGGCUUGAACAUUGCCACAGAAGAGGAAUCCUCCACCGUGAUAUCAAGGGAUCUAAUCUCUUGAUUAAUAACGAAGGUGUUUUGAAGAUUGGUGACUUCGGUUUGGCUAAUUUUUACCGGGGUGAUGGAGAUAUUCAGCUGACAAGUCGCGUUGUAACAUUAUGGUACAGAGCGCCUGAGCUGCUGCUUGGUGCUACUGAGUAUGGACCAGCCAUAGACCUCUGGAGCGCCGGCUGCAUUCUCACUGAGCUCUUCGCUGGAAAGCCUAUCAUGCCAGGACGCACAGAAGUGGAGCAGAUGCACAAGAUCUUUAAGCUCUGUGGUUCACCCUCAGAAGAUUACUGGAGAAGAGAAACUCUACCACUUGCAACAAGCUUUAAACCAAGUCACCCUUACAAGGCUGUUCUUGCUGAAACCUUCAGUCAUUUCCCUGCAUCGGCUCUGACACUCAUACACAAGCUACUAGCAAUAGAACCUGAGAAACGUGGAUCAGCUGCUUCUGCAUUGAGGAGCGAGUUCUUCACGACAGAGCCACUCCCUGCUAAUCCAUCAAGCUUGCCUAGAUAUCCACCAAGCAAGGAGCUUGAUGCUAAGCUACGCAACGAAGAAGCAAGAAAAGUCAAGGCAGAGGAUAAAAAGAGAAGAGGGGGAGAGACUGUGACAAGAGGACGAGCUAAAGAUCUCAACACUGCGCAGACACCUGAGUUUAUGGUCGCAGGGCAGUCCAAGGUCACAUGCAUAAGCCACAAGUUCAAAACAGACGAGGAAGGCGGCACAGGGUUUAGGAUUGAACCACCAAGAAGAGGGAUCCAGCAGAACGGCUACGCUCAUGCUUCUACAGUGGUUCACCCAAGUGUUGCUGAUACAGAAUGGAACAGAGGAGGAAGCAUCAAAAGGAAAACCAAUGCAGAGUUGAAGUCAAGGGUAACACAAACAGGAGACUUGUCUGGUGAUUCUGGUAGAAGAAGUUCCAGCAGAGAUUACUCAACCGGCAACGCACCAAGGAAAAACAGGAUUCAUUACUCAGGACCAUUGAUGCCUCCUGGAGGAAAUCUUGAUGAAAUGCUCAAAGAACACGAGAAGCAGAUCCAACAAGCUGUCCGCAAAGCUCGUGUCGAAAAGUCAGGGCAACAGCAGCGUUACACAGGAAGAAAUGCUCGGUAGCUAAAAGAGAGAGUGAGAGAAAUAGCGAACAAGAAGAAAAUUAAAAUACAUAGCAACAUGUUUUGAGGUUUCAUCAAAGCCAUAGAAACUCAUUAAGCGUUUUUGUUUUGGGCUCUUCAGU